AAGUAUUAAAAACAGUAGAUUUUUGGGGGAAGAAUCACCUGCAAGUCACCGCUACGUGAACUCAAACCAAGAUGAAGACAGUUCUAUUGACUUUAAUGGUAAAGCUACUAAUUAAUCGCAAUAGUGAAUAUUAGUAUGACUUGAAACAGCUUUUAACCAUUGAAAAUUUUUAAGAAACUUGAUUUAUACUCCAAAUGUCUUACUGAUCGGAGUUUGUGAUCUCGAAUAACUGGUUGUGGUGUUAUCGAUGCGAGCAACUCGGAAUAUGAGAAGGCGAAUUAGCGUUUACGGCUGUUAUGCAUUUGCUUUGUUUUAGGGAAAAUGCAUAUUCUUAUGUAAAGCAAUUAAUUAAUUUAAAACAACUGAUUGCAGCAAUUAAAGGUUCUAAGAGCAGAUAGAUGAGAGAGAGAAGGCAAGGCAAAAUGCCAUCGAAAAGCUCUUUCCGCUUCCUGAUAGCCCUGAAUCGGGUUUCAGUCAUUUUCAAAGCCGAGAAAGAAGUAAACGAAAAAGGGAAAACCGAUGUAUUAUGUCUUUCAUGACUAUACAUUCUUUACGAGAAUGUAGGAAGAUGCACGCACAUUAUACUGAAAACUUCAAGAUCAACACAAGAACACUAAGUAGCAAGAAUGUAUUUUCAAGUCACUCAGUUGGACAAUGAUUAUAACAAUGAAAAUCAGUGAAAUAUCAAUCUGUUCAUCCCAGAAAGAUUAAUGUAUGUGACGCCAUGGACAGACCUCUUAGAUGAAAGGUUGGAGAUAUACUGUUUAAUCGCCAAUAUUUCACAAAUGCGGCGAUUUUAAAGUGUUUCAAGUUACCUAUAUAUAAGUGUUUUUCAAGGUGUAUAGAAAAACAUAUUUAUUUGUUGUUUACAAGACUAGGAGACGUCACAGUUUUUUCUAUUAUCACAGUUAAUCAUUUCUUUAAACUUCAUGCUAGAUUGAUAUUUUUCAUCACGGAAACAUAAAUAGAAAGUAUUGCGAAGUCUUUGUGGGUUCACUGUUGUUAACUUUUGUUAAAAUUGUACACAAUCGACAAAGAAAAGUUAACUAACUAAAGCAGUAAAUUUGGUAAUGACAGAUUAAAAGUAAACCAUGUUAAAAGGUUGAAAUAUCAAAGUUUGUACUACAACUGAGUUUGUAAAGUAAUCACACAUUGCUGCUUUGGCCCCUUUACGUUACUGCGUGGUAGCAAUAUGAAAUCACGCUAAACUUUUUCUGGACAAACUGCAGAUAAACUCAAUCUUCUAACUGGUUUUAUCUAUAUUUAAUGUAUUUCAGCAUUAUAGUAUAGGGUUAAAUUCAUUAUAUAUUAGUAGAAGUUGGUUGAAUUUAUUAUAUUUCGUUUAAUUUUCUAUUGAUGUUUUGCUCAUUUGCGUUGACACGAGUCUCGUACUUUACUUAACACAGUCACGAUUUCCCGCGCUUGCCUUAUUAAUAUAACAUGCACGUGUAGUUACUUGAAACUCUUGAUCACAAGUAUUAUCAUCCGAUUGGCAUUUUAGAUCAGUUUGGUUUUGAAGUAUUCUAAUUAGUAUAGGUAAUAGCAUGAUUAGUAGUGAUAAAUGGUAUAAAUACCACGAGUGACAUUUCAAAAUAGUUAUACGUAAUUUCACGAGCCGUUAGGCGAGUGAAAUUUGAGACAAUUAUCAUAUCACGAGUGGUAUUUAUACCAAAUAUCACGUACAAAUCAUGCUAUUAUUUGUUUAUACUACUACCUGCAAAACUAAGCCAAUCAAAUUGCAUAAAUUUUUCAUGUAGUAGUAUAAACUUCCAAAACCAAAUCGAAUUUUAAAAAUUCCUUGUUUGUGCUACCAAUGCCAAAUUCAAAAUGUGGCUUUCUAUUUUUUUUUUACUACUUUGAAUCCCUGAUAAAACAAAAUAAAUAAAAAGUCUCCUUUUAAAUCCACAGCUUCGUAGUGUCCGAACACUUUCUCACACAAUGUAAUAAUGAAAUGUAAUGUCUGUUUUCGGCAGCUGGUGAUGGCAUACCUUGUGUCUGUCCAGACUCGUGCAGUCUAUCCAGAUAUGUUCAGUCUACAGCCUCAGGAGCAAGGUAAAAACCUAUCAUUACACUUUGUGAAAGGGUUGAGAAGAAAUAUAAAUGCAGAAAACUAGGUUAAAGAUUUAACUGUAAUUACCGGAUAUAUUCUCUGGUAUACACCUAAUGCAAAUAUGGAGGAUCUCUCGGUCGGCCCGGGUCUAGUUGCGCGAAAGCGAGGCUAGUCAGGCCUAAAGAGUUUUGUUUUAACGGCGCGUCUUAGCGAUUGAGUCGAUCAAUAUGGUUUCCUUCGAGCUGUUACUUGCUUUGGCUCUUAAAAGAGCCAUCAAAGGAGGAGAUUUAAUCCAGAGGAAACGAAAGUUGAUUAUCUUCCCUUUGCCAAGGCUCUUAACGAAGAAAGAAAUGGAUUCAAGCAAUUCGGCGUGGCGAAUGGAGGCACUUUACUAUCACGGAGUUAAAAGAACGAAAGUGUGCUCGCUUCACUUCAGAAGAGAAGAUUCGCGAAACAAUUAGAAUGGGCGGAUAACUGAGAGAUGGAUCUGUUUCAAGUUUGCUUUGUCCGUUCUCUUACUAAGGAAAGGUAAAAAUCCUUGAAAACGAGUGAAUCCGGAGUUGCGACUUACCAAUCUUUAGGAGCUCUCAGGGACACUUUACAACGAGGCCGAAUGUUUUCACAGUCCUCAUGAUCCUGUGUUCAGGAGUUUGAGCAGUGCCACAAAAGAAGCAAUUUUUGGAAAAUCGCUGUUAGUUUAUCUCGAAUCCAUUCGACAAGUUGCUAAAAUAGAUAAUGCGCAAGUUUAAAUACAAUGCUCGAAUACUUAAUGCACGCUCUUUCCUUGCCAGAACCUUUUUCCUUCUUCUUACUAUCUUAGUUCGCAACGGUUCCUCUGUUAGUUUUUUCAGAGCACUUUGAUCAAGGGCUGUUCUUGAAAUAUGUCGCUUUCUUCUGGUUCUUGCAUAGUUUCACAGGCUACGCUUGUAGGAUUAACACUGGGUGAUUGUGUUUCACACUCGUCACUAUUGUUAUAUUUUAAUGCAGCUGUUUUCAGCGUGAAAAAUAAAAGAUCUUAAAGUCCACAGCGGAUGCUCCCGUUCUCGAGAAUGUUUACCUUUUGUUGAAUAAAUAAUAGACCAUGCAAACAUCUUGGAGCAGCACCAUCUCUUGCGAAAAUUCUUUCAUUCAAAUACUUUUGUCAGUCCUCCUCUCUUCUAAAGCAAGGGAAGCGAGCACACUUUCGCUGUAAAGUGAUUCCCAUCGCCGCGCCGAAUCGCAUGAAUCCUUAACUUUCUUUGUGAAAAGAUCUCAGGAAAGUAAAGGUUAUUCUAGCUAGAGUAAAAUCUUCUUUUUGGUGGCGCUCAGGCACGCAACAACUCGAAGCAAACCAUAUCGACAGACUCAAUCGCUAAGACGCGCAGUCAAAAUAAAACUCUUGAGACCUUACUAGCCUAGCUUUCGCCCAACUAGACCCGGACCGGCCGAGAGGUCCGCCAUAUUUGCAUUCGGUGUAUAAUUUUAUCCGCAGUUUAAAUUUUAUUUUUCAUUGUUUUUUAGUCAUGACGUGAGUAAAAAGACCAUAGGAUAAAAUUGAGCCAUAAUGUUUGUGUACUUUUUACAAAAUAAACGUUUUACCUUGGUGAAUAUAACCCUAUUAAGUGCAAUUUUGCAGUCAAAGCCACUUUAUACACUGUUGAUUCAGGAUUUACCAAUUGGUUUUCCAUUCUUUAAUCAAUUUUUCCUUAGUUUACCAUAUUUUUAACUGAAUGAUCUUAAUGAAGGUAGCUUCUCAACCACAUCAUUAUUUUCUUUUCUAGCUCCAGCCUCUCCAUUGCAAUGUAUUCUUUGUGAGGGACAAACAUCUGCAAAUUGCACCGCUGGCCAGGCAAAAGACAACUGUACAUCAGGUCUGGUUUGCUACACAUUUCAAGCGUUUGACUCAGCUCUAAACCAGUUUAUGUAUGCAAAAGGAUGUUUUCCUGAAUUCCUUUGUGGUGGAAACCAAGGUUGUAAUUUCGUGAAUACCUCCAGGAACGGAGCACUCCAGUCAUGUUCGAUAAGCUGUUGUAACACGCCUUUAUGUAAUGCCGCGGCUGUACCUGCUGGUAUCGCAACCACUAAUCCGCCACCAGCUACAACCCAGCCUCCAACCACAACUAUGGCACCAACAACAACUAUGGCACCUACUACAACCCCUCCACCAACUACAACUGUCCCUACAACAGCAGCUCCCAUGACCACUGUUCCUCCACCUCUCCCACCAGGUAACAAUAUCUUCAAAUACCCGAGAAUGCAGAUGUCUACAUUAAAUGAAACAAGACCCCCAUAGUGGGGGUCCAUUGGGCUGCCGACUGCCUGAUGCAGUGGUUUAAUAGUUUGAGAAGUAUAGAUGAUAAUUACGCUUUUUUCUGGCAAUAGUGUAUGGCCGACUCUAACCGGUGGAAUGGGACAGAGAUUAGAUACUUAGCCUUUUGUUGAAACAAGAAACGAUUGGCAUUAUUUUUAACUAGCACAUUUCCAAAACGCACCACCCCCCGUCCCCCACCUCCAAUCUUUCUACCCCCCACCCCCACCCCCCAACCCAAAAGAAAUUAGCAUGAUAGUAUAACAUGAUUACUUUGAUCUACCAGAAAUUCCAAAAAAUUAUUGUCGUUCUAAGCUUUUAAAAGGUGACCGGGUCAAUUACUAUUAAAUGACAGUAAAUUCUGAAAACUCGCAAAGCAAAUUAAAGUUCAGUUUUAUUUUUGUCGGAUUUUGCAUUUAAAGCGCUUCUGACUGUCCAUGGCAAGUGAAUAUGUUUCUGCUUCUGCCCCGCUAGAUGUUUAUCGUAUAAGGAAAUAACAUUUAUUCGUUUUUGAUUAAUGUGCGUCCCUCUUGACGUUGUUCAAUUUCGAAAAGGUCGACCCUGGCACCAUCCCACAACGAAGACGUCGUUGUUUGGAGGGGAACUGGGUCACGUAACGCCUUCUAGGUGAGCAGUCCGCCAUUUUGUCUUUUUUUCUCGGAGAAAGCCCAAUCCAUAAUUGGUCGCCAAAGGCAACUGACAUUGCAUAUUUUGGUCAUUGGUCAUUUGACAUUGAAGGCAGCUUAAUACAAGCAAGGUUAUGUGAGGGAUUCCACCGGAAGCUCAUUCACGUUCACUACAUGUAAGAUUAAAUGUCCUUUCCUCUAAUUCCCAGGGAUAUGUGGUGGUCCAUUGACUCCUCCAUCCGGGUUCUUUGCAUCUCCGUAUUACCCCUUGAACUAUCCUAACAACGCGUACUGUGUAUGGCCACUUGCUCUUCCACCAGGAUCGAUUCUCACGAUCGAUUUCCUCUUUUUUGAAACUGAACACUGGUAAGUGAAUAAUGUGUGUAAAUGUAUGCUGAAUGAAUGAGCUGUAUGUUAACAUAGGAUCUAAAAACUGCACUGGCUUCCUGUUCAACACAGGAUAAUAUUUAAAGUUUUCUUAAUGACUUUUCAAAUCAUCAAUAUAUGCGCUCCGGAAUAUCUGAGUGAACACAAGGCUUUCUUGUUGUCCCCAAAUCCUUCACUUCUAAUUAUGGGGACCGAGCAUUUUCAGUAGCCGUACCUAAAUUAUGGAAGUAUUAGAUCUAUUUAAAAUGAAGGUCGAGACCUACCUCUUUCAGGACGCAUUUUUAUAGUUUGUUUGACUGAACUAUGCCGGUAUAUUUAGGAAAAGGUUUCUUUCGUUUCCCAUCAUCAAUUAUAUAUUUAUUGAUGUAGUGAACUUUUUUUGUAUUUUUUUUCAAUCUAUUGAUUGUAAUCUUAGGCCAUGAUAACUAUUUAAUUUUUGCAAACGCAUUGAAGUAAUGCAUAAUGCGUCCCAAGUACUCUAAUUUAUUAUUAUUAUAUCUUUUAUAUCAAGAGAAACGUCAUGAUACUCAGGUCCUCAUAAGCAAAUAAAAGGCAAAGUGGAACGACGUUUUGGUGUCGUCAUGGCUCCAUUUUCAAGUGCAAAAUGUUCACAAUAAAAGAUUAACUUGUAAUAAAUUGUAGUCUUACGCAAAUAGUAUAGUUUAGCUGAAAUCGAGACCGAUUGGACACAAAGAAAAGAACUCAUGAAGCCUGUCAGAUCUCUUUGUUAGAAUAGCAUUACUUUUCCCUUUUUGAAUUUACUGACCAACAGAAAAAUCGCAUUAAUUUAUUCGGUCACAAUUUGUGAGCAACUGUGUAAGGUUAGGGAGCUUGCAAUAAUACCAUUAUUUUGUUUUCAUCUUUGGUUGGCUUUCAUAAACAGUGUCCUCUACUACCUAUGAUGGCAUUCUAAAUGUUGUGGUGUCAAGUGCAAUAUUUAUUUUAGUUACCAUCAACCCAAUCAGUGUUAUUAUAACCCAUAACUCAUUGCUACAAUCAACUGAUUUUGUAAAAAAUGUAGUAUGAUGAUGGUUUAUAACUGAAUUCAUGUAACGUUUUCGUCCAAUUGAUAUUCAACAUCCGGUUUUUAGCGCACUGCCGAAAGCUGUGUUCUCUUUAAUAGACCAGUUUUUAACUCAAACCUCGGGUAAGACAAUAAUAAGGUAAGGUUACUUAACGUAAUCCUUGCUGAUAAGGUUACUUGAACGGUGGCCAGAAAGAACUUUUUUUUUUCUGCAGCUAUGAUUACGUGGAAAUUUACUUAGGCAUGCGGCUUGUUCGUCGAUUAUCUGGAGAUGACGACGACGACGACGACGAUGAUGAUGAUGAUGACAAGAAAAAGCAUUACUACGGAGACGACGACAAAUGUGGCGAUGACGAUGAUUUUGACGAUCUUGAUGAUCUCGACGAUAUCGACGAAGAGGAAGACGAACGAAAAAUUAUAACCAUACGAGGGACAGGCGAGAUGAUAAAAAUAGUUUUCCGAUCCGAUUACAGUGUUACAAGGAGAGGAUUCUUCGCCAGAUACAAUGUGGCUGCACCCGGUAUUUUUUCAUUUUUUGUUUUUGUUAAAAGGAGAAAAUGAUAAUUCUACGAAAUUAUUAUCCUAAUUAAAACAUAAAAUUCUUGUCAAAUCUCAUUUAUUCAUUGUAACAAAAGUUAGUUAAAUGAAAUUAUUUCCCCAUCUCGAAAAAUAAUUUGAGUUUUAGUUUUCUCUUUUGUCCACCAAAAUAAUUAAAAACCUCACAGAGAUUCAAUUUUACCAAGUUCUCUUGUUCCUUUUCGAUUCUAACCAAUAGAAUUACCUUAAAGCGAGUAAGAAACUCAUUGGCUGCGCUUUUGUAAAGAAUAAAUUAAAUCCAGGCCUCAUCCUACUCGCAGUUAAUUGCAACCGCAACCAACUACGAAGGAACCGAUCGAGAGCCCUAUUCUAAAGAGCCCUAUUCUAAAAUUAAACGGAUUUCCAGAAUUUUCUUUCAAGCUAGAUAUUAUAUCAUUGUUUCCCUGUUGCCCGAAAGAAUCAAAAAUCGCCCUUUUCCCGAAAAGCUACUUUAUAUCAUAAUUAUCAUCAGUUAUCCAGGAAGGACAAACAAUCCAAUACCUUCCUCGAGGUGUUUGUCACGGUUCGUCCAAUUGGAGUGGCUAUUGAAAUAAUAAUUUGAUUCACUUAAAUUACAUUAAAUAUAUACUUUUUUUAAAUUUUGUUGAAAUAGUUCUAUGUGGAGGACCACUGGUUGCACCAUCAGGGAGUUUUACAUCUCCUAAUUUCCCUAGCAACUAUCCAAACAAUGCUGACUGUAGGUGGACAAUCACGGUGCCACUAGGAUCAAGUCUGAUGUUGGAAUUCAGAACGUUUGAAACACAGCGGUGGUGAGUUGACAAACUGAGUAGAUAGGAAAAAUCAGUUCGUUAUUUUCUUACCAUUAAUAUCAUUAGGAGUCGAACUGAUAGUCACGCUGGUAAUCACUAUACCUUACUCAUUUUUGUCAGUAAAAGUUAAAGAUACAUAUGUUAUAUUUGAACAUUUUUUUUUCAAUGACAUGGAAUUUGCUUAGAUUUAUUUUUCAACUCAAAAGGGACCUCAGUGGCUCAUUCUUAUCCAUUUGAUCAGGAAUAUUCAAAUGGUUAAACAAGUAGUUGCCCUGCAUUUUGCAUAUAUUCAUGAAUCUGCAAUUGUAUGAGAUUGGCUCCUACCGAAAUCUGGUUAUCAAGCUAUAUAUAGUCACUGUCAUCUAUUCUAACUAUCUUCUUUUCUUCUGUAGCCGUGACUACGUAAAAAUUCUUCAAGGAUGGCGCGCGGUACGUCGUUUGAGUGGCGAGUACGACCACGAGGAUGGCGAUGAUGAUGACGAUGACUGCGAUGAUGAUGAUGAUGAUGACGAUGAUGAUUGCGAUGACAAUGAUAACAAAUGGGGAGGAAUAUUUUUAAAAAUGAUGAAAGGAAAAUUUGGUCCUUCGUGUGUUAAGAAAUUCUACAUCAGAGGAACAGGCGAGAUGGUAACGAUCAUUUUUAGAUCUGAUCAACGAGUCACCAGACGAGGCUUCGACGUGGUGUACCGCAUCGUAUAAAGAGGGCUAUCAAGUAUUUAAGCAAUAACUUUUAAAAAUGGCUUUAGAUCUCUUACCCGCAUAGCAUGUGAAAGACGGGUUUUUUGCAACCAGCUACCGAACACUUAACAAGGAUAUGGUUCAAAAGACGACUACUAAAAUUUCUUCUUUCUUGAGCGAGUAUCACACGAUUUGUUUCAAAAUGAAUCAACAUUGCACACUGGUUUCUGGAGCAUAUUAAAGAUCGUCAUUCGUGAACAGUUUUCAGAUUUAAAAUAUGGAAGCUAUAUGUAGAUAUUCCCAUGCUAUUAUUUUCACGGAACAGGUUAAUGCAGCUUUCAGUGGAGUAAGCCUUUAUCCGCCUAUUCGGUAACAGUAUUUGAAUGUAUAUAGUUUAUAACCCUUUGUGCACAAUAUUGAUGCUCAUUUUGAAAUGCGGCAAAUAAAAAAUAUUCAAACUUCGUGAGCGCUGAUCGGUAGAUUGGACCGUCCUUUCAAGGACAGUUUUAAAAACCUUAAGGAGCAAUUUUAACGUUACAUUAAGUUGUAAUUUUAUUACAUUACCUUUAAAAAUUUUGACUUGAUUUCGUUGACUUUUACAUACAAAAUGUGUC